GCGGCGGCCAGGGGGACAAGCGGUGCCCGGAGGUUGGUGGAGCGGCUGAGAGCGGAGAAGAGCUCGGCGGAGCGCAGUCAGGUGAGCCGACCGAGUCUGAGAGACCUGAGGAGCUACGUCAUCCCGGAGGAGGCGGGGCUACUCCUCAUCAACAAACCGCCUGGACUGGCCGCCCACGGGGGCCCUGGCGUAGAGCACAGUCUGGUGUCCAUGCUCCCGGCUCUGUCUCAUUGGUUGUUUGGAGGGGCGGGGCCUCUGUUGAUCUGUCACCGGCUGGAUAAGGACAGCAGUGGAGCGUUACUCCUGGCCAGGAGCGCGGAGGCUGCCGACCGCGUCCAGCGUGCGCUGCGGGAACACCGGAUGAGCCGUGUCUACUGGGCCCUGUGUGUGGGGGCCCCAACCCCCCCGGAGGGGAUCCUGGACAUUCCCAUCAUAGAGAAAGAGACGCCGGGGCCACAGAAACACUUCAAGAUGGCGCUGUGCCCGCGGUUCCGGGUGUCUUCGGACGGCUCAGUUCAGAGGUUCCGGGUCAGUCGCUCCGCCCCACGAGGCCGUCACCAAAUACCGCACCCUGGAGGAAAGAUCGGGAGUCUCACUGCUGGAGCUGCAGCCAAUCACAGGGGUGAAGCAUCAGCUGAGAAGUCACCUGGCUCUGGCCCUGAGUUGCCCCAUCCUGGGGGACCACAAAUACUCCCACUGGGGGCGCCUGGCUCCACAGAAACUUCCGGCGCCGGUGUUGCGUUCUCUCGGCAUCACUUCCUCCCACACCCGCUCUCUUCUCCUUCACCUCCAUGCCGCCCAGAUCACCCUCAAGUGGUCUCCAGAGGAUCCCCCCAUUGUAUUGCGCUGUGCACCCCCCAAACACUUCCUGAGUACUCUGCGCAGACUGAAAUUCUCUUCCCCCAACCUGCAGGACAUCCCCCUCCCUCCUGACGAAGGCUCCCCGUAG